AUGUCUUAUUCAACAAAUUCAAGUAUUACUGAUAUCGACUUCGAUGAUGUAUCAUCCUUCUCAUCAAUUGAUUCCUAUAAACCUGAACCAUUUACUGGUGAUUUACAUAGCAAUGGUAAUAUGGAUACAACGUUGAUAAAGAAUGAUACUAUAAUUAGACAUGACACAAGAACUACAGUUGGUAGUGCUAUCACAAAUAAUACGACAACCACUGCAACAACUAAUGCAACAACUAAUGCAACGACAGCUGCAACAGCUACUACACCUUUGAACCAAGAGAAGUCUCAAAAGUUAAAUUCAAAGAAUAGUUUAAAUACACUAGGAAAGCAAAGUUCAUAUUUUAUAGAAAGAGCAGUGACAAAUAACGCUUUAGGAGACAAUGUAGAAACUGUUGAAUCCCUUGCCGCAAAGGGGUUAGAUGGAUCUCAAAAAAUUGUUCCAGAUAUUAAUAAUCCACUAACUAUGACAAAAACAGCAGAAUUUCCUGAAGAAUAUACAAUCGAAACAGAUACGGGAUUAGUCAAAAUGAAAACUAUUGAAACUUUAAGGAGACAAACGUCAAGGAUUUCCACACAGAGAUCUCUGAAAAGUAGAACUGAAUCGAUGAAGAGUAAUAAGAGUAGCAAAUCCUUCGCUAGCAGUCUUGUGGAUAAUCCCGAUGACGGUCACUUGACUGCAGCGAAAUUGAAUAGAGCUGUAGAAAGGAACCGUAAAGAAUUGGAAAAAAUGAAGAAACGUAAAGAACAAAAGGGUAUUAAAGGAUUUUUCUCAAAGAUAUUUUGA